CUCCUUCGUCGACUUUGAAAUUUAUUUUUAUUAUAUUUUGUUUAUAUCUACUUUUUUGAGUAAAAAUGACAACAGCAACUAACUUUUACCCGGAAUAUACACAAGACUCGAGCUCAUACAGCAUGUAUCACCAUCAGCAACAACACAUUCAGCAACAACAAAACCAACAAUCAGUUCCUCAGUUUUACGAUGGAUAUGCAGGACAUGCAGAAGCUUAUCAGCCAAGUUAUCACAGUUGGAAUCCAGCAGCUUAUAGCAAUCAAUACUAUCGUCCAGAACACAAUGCCUAUUUUGACUACGCCAAUUUAGCGGAUUUCACAAGUCCAUCUCAAUGCGCACUUGCAACACCACCCACAAAAGUUGAAUCUUCAAAACCAGUGGAAACAGGUGUUUCCAAGGUUCAGUCAUCAAAACGUAAGCAUGAUGAAGACGAAGAAGAAGAUUCCGAACCACCAAGUGCCUUAAGAGCUUUACUCAGCAAUCCAGCAAAGAAAGUAAAACACAAUCCUGAAACAUUUUACGACCAAUUUAAUAAUAAAAAGCAAAGGAAACAAUUAUUGAAAAAGGAUAACAAAACAAAAUCAGUUCCAUCAGGUUUACCCGACUUGGAUUCAACAUCCAUUUUGUCGCCAAAGAACAGUGAAAUCGACUUCCAUGAUGUUUACACUGCAAAAUUGCUGAAUCAUCCGAGCAAGGAUGGAUUCCCAACACCACCACCACUACUACCGCCAUCAUCCAAUAUCACAUCCAUCAGCAGUUUGAAUUCUCCAACAACAACUUCCAUUGUUGAAGGCAUUAGCACUCCACCCCUAUCGCCAGGGGAUGCUAGUUGCUCAGCGAUAUCAUCACCACCAAGUUAUUUCAAUGAAAUCAAUCAUCAAAAUUUGACAGCUGUCAGUGAUGGCAGUGAAUUCAAUUGGUCGCAGAGCGAUGAAGGUUUUGCAGAUUCAAAGGAUUCAAAAAGGACUCGCCAAACUUAUACUCGCUAUCAGACUUUGGAGCUUGAGAAGGAGUUCCAUUUUAACCGGUACAUUACCCGACGUCGCAGGAUCGAUAUCGCAAGUGCUUUGAGUCUCACAGAGAGGCAGAUCAAAAUCUGGUUCCAAAAUCGUCGUAUGAAGUCGAAGAAGGAUCGUUCUUUGGCUACCAGUCCUGAAGCUUUAACACAACUUUCAUUUGCCCCACAUGUAUCACAAGAUCAGCAGCAACAACAACAACGAAGCGCCGCCAUGGCCUAUCCUAACCCAUUGGAGAUGCCUUUGUCUGUUCCUUCGACAACAACACAAAGUUACAUGAAUUCUGCAGUGAACCAGUACUAUAAUACUGGUCCUUCAGCAGCCACAACAACAGCAUCCUAUUUGCCUCAUUACAACAAUACCUCAUCCGGAUAUGAAUCUUCUUCGCACAACAUGCUUCCUCCCACAAACCAGUCGGUUGCGGCUGCGGUACCGUCACAUCUUGGACAUCAGCCUCAGCAACAACAACCUCACCACCAUGAACUCUACCAUCAACAUCAUCAGCAGGAUCACCACCAUUAUACCCAUCAUCAGUAUGCUCAGCAGCAGGCAUCCCAAAUACCAGCAGGAUCUGGAAUGUAUCAGUUGGCAUGAAACGGAGUCAAAAACCGAAGAAAAAAGGAUCUCGAAACUUUUUCCGUUUUUGUGAAAAGAGGAUGAUGAAAGUGAAAAAAAAGGAACAAUUUUUUUGCUAACACACACAGAAAACUGCUGACUCAAAAUGUAGUCCCUUAUUUCGAGCAAGAUAUGCUACAGUGCGCACACAAGAAACGAGGGUAUCUAUAUGGAAACAGAGUUACUAUUUGUUUGAAAAAAAAACUAGAAAACCACUGUGUUUCGAGGAUAUUUGUAUUGGCAAGGAUAAAAGGUAUACACACAACACACACAGGAAUCCCCUUUGGCUUGGUUUUGGCUAUGUUUUGUGAAGGAUAACCAAUAAAUUAUGUGUUUUGUGACACGCACAGCGAGCUCCGGCUAGAACGGAGCAUCGAGAGGGUGCGUAUAGCUCACAAUCAUCAUAUCACGCUGAAGACAAAACAAAAAAAUUAAACGGUUAGGAAUAUUGUGCAAUCAACAUCUGAUGGAUGAAAGGAUGGAACAGUUGGCGAUAUUUUUUUUGUAAUUAUCACUUAGAUUUUUGAAACAGAAAAUGUUUAGAUCGAUUUUAAUGAAAAUUAUUGCCAGCAUUUAUAUUUUUUCUA